CAAUCAACCCAAAGGCCAAAGCAUUCAUUUUCUCUUCCUUUCUUUCUUGAGCUCACCACCCCCACAUUUUAGUACUCCAUCUCUCCCUCUCUUUCCUCCUUGAAUUCUACUCCACUCCACAGGCAGUAGUGUAGAUUGUAGACCCCCAGAACCUUGCCGACCGUUCCUCCUUCUUCCCGCAGCUGCUGUCCGCCAUUUCCAUUGCCCCCACCACACUCCACAGCAUUUCACGUAAUUAUGCCCGAGUGAGAGCUGAAUUCCGCUUGCCGCCAUGAAACCCACUUCCGCCCUCCCGCUUUGGUUACUGGGUAGCUCUCUGUUCAUCUCGACCCGAACUCCAAACGGAGCAGGUUCCAUUCUUUCUCUUUUGUCUCUCUGAGCCUAUCUAGUAGCUACUGUUUGUUUAAAUGCCCCAGAGAAAGAAAUGCGAGGAAGAAAGGGGGAAAAUUGGGAAUGUUCUGCCUUGGUUAGUUAGUUUGGUGUGUUUCCCAUUCCCAAUUUCUAUGCAAGUAGCUCUGUCUGAAGAACCUCGCUUUUGUUGGUUUGAGUUUGACCAUUGCCAGAGCAUUGUUGACCGGUUCUCUUCAUCCUCCAGCCACAUGUUCCUUCAAUAUUCUAGUAGUAGAAUUCACUGCUCUUCUCUGGAAUUGUUCGCAGUCCAAAACCUAAUGCUUUAGCCAGGCUGGGGAUUUACUGCAUUUGUCACUGGGCUAGAUGUAGUGUGACUCAUAAUUGAGUGUUGCACUAAGUUCAUGUGCUAUCUAAAGGUAAAGAUGGAAACUUCGGACAUCAGUCAUUCGAUUCUAGUUGCUAGCCUUCUGGUUCUUUCUCACACAUUUCAGUCAAUGUCAGCACUGGGAUCAAUGUCAUCAAUAGCCAUUUCCUACGAAGAAAACGGUCCUGUUUUCUGCGGCCUGAAAUCAGAUGGUUCCCAUUUGGUAACAUGCUAUGGCUCAAACUCAGCGAUAAUCUAUGGAACGCCAGCUCACUUCCCAUUCACUGGUUUAACCGCUGGCGACGGCGUUGUCUGCGGGAUGCUCAUAGAUUCCAAUCAACCUUACUGCUGGGGAACGAGUGGGUACAUUCAAAUGGGUGUCCCUCAACCUAUGAUAAAAGAUGCUGAGUAUGUAGAAAUCAGUGCAGGAGAUUACCAUUUGUGUGGUUUGAGGAAGCCAUUGACAGGCAGGCUUAUAAACAACUCCCUUGUAGAUUGCUGGGGCUACAACAUGACCAAGAACCACGAAUUCGACGGUCCAGUGCAGUCAAUUUUGGCUAGCUACGAGUUCAACUGUGGGCUGUUUGCUUUGAACAGGAAGGUUUUUUGCUGGGGUGAUGAGACCAGUAGUAGAUUGAUUAGCUUGAUCCCCAAGGAAAUGAGGUUUAGGGAAGUUUCUGCUGGUGGGUAUCAUGUUUGUGGGAUUUCGGAAGGUGUUGAUUCGACCCCGUUCUGCUGGGGGAAGAGCUUGGACUUGGAGGGAGAGAUGGCGAUGGAGAUGAUGGAAAUGGAGAAUUCUUCUGGCGAGGUGAAUGUGGAUUUGGCUCUAAAGGAGCCUAUGGUUUCAAUUGUUGGAGGAAAGUUCCAUGCUUGUGGUAUCAAGAGCUAUGACCGUGGAGUCAUCUGCUGGGGGUUUGUUGUUUAGAAGAGCACCCCACCUCCUAGUGGCAUUAAGGUUUACCAGAUUGCAGCUGGGAAUUACUUCACCUGUGGAAUCCUCGCCGAGAAAGACCUCUCAACAGUUUGCUGGGGGUUUGGAUUCCCUACUUCCCUCCCACUGGCUGUCCCUCCUGGACUGUGUAACACUGCUCCAUGUGCUUCUGGAACCUACGAGCUCAAUUCUUCUGAAAAUAUCAAUAACGUGCCUUGCAAGGCUCUUCCUUCGGCUUCUCAUGUAUGCUUACCUUGUACCAAUGGCUGCCCUCCUGAGAUGUAUGAGAAAGCUCAGUGCACAUCGAAAUCGGAUCGACUAUGCGAGUACAACUGCUCAGCUUGCUACUCUACUGAAUGCUUCUCGAGCUAUUCUUCUGGGGAGAAGAAUAAGAAGGAGAAGAAGGAUGAGAGGGGUUGGUCGAUUCAGCUGCUUGUGAUUGUUGCAGAGGUUUCAUUUGCUGUGUUCUUGGCGGUCUUUGUGUCCGCAACUGCUGUUCUGUACGUUAGGUACAGGUUGAGGAACUGCCAUUGCUCAUCAACUGCCACAACCUCUAACCCAAAGAAAACCCAACAAGGGAGAGGAGGAGCCUCCUCAUCAUCACUAAAAACUCAUAGCUUAAAUGCCAAAAUCAGACCAGAAAUAAGAAGAGCACAGACCUUCACGUACGAGGAGCUCAACAAGGCAACAAACGGCUUCAAAGACGAAUCCUUCGUCGGCAAAGGCAGCUUCUCACGUGUCUACAAGGGAGUCCUGAGAAACGGCACCGUGGUAGCAGUGAAAAGGCCAUGGUCUCUUCAGAACAGCAGAAUAACUCCAAGGAGUUCCACACGGAGCUCGACCUUCUGUCGAGGUUGAACCAUGCUCAUCUGUUGAAUAUGUUGGGAUACUGUGAAGAAGAUGGCGAGAUGCUGCUUGUGUAUGAGUUCAUGGCUCAUGGCUCAUUGCACCAGCACCUCCAUGGGAAGAGCAAAGGGUUGAGAGAGCAGAUGGAUUGGGUUAGGAGGGUGACCAUUGCGGUUCAGGCAACGAGAGGGAUUGAGUACUGGCAUGGCUAUGCUUGCCCUCCUGUGAUCCACCGCGACAUUAAAUCGUUGAACAUUCUGAUUGACGAGGAGCAUAAUGCAAGGGUGGCUGAUUUCGGGCUCUCCCUGCUUGGACCAGUUGAUAGUGGUUCUCCCCUGGCUGAGUUGCCUGCAGGUACAUCAGAUACCUUGAUCCGGAGUACUAUAGGCUCCAUUACCUCACGACCAAGUCCGACGUCUACAGCUUUGGGGUUCUGCUGCUUGAGAUACUGAGUGGGAGAAAGGCCAUUGAUAUGCAGUUUGAGGUAGGCAACAUAGUGGAAUGGGCAGUGCCCUUGAUUAGAUCAGGAGACACUUCAUCUAUCCUAGACCCAAUUCUGAAGCCACCAUUCCGACCUGGAAGCACUUAAGAGGAUAGCGAACGUUGCUUGCAAGUGUGUGAAGAUUAGAGGCAAGGAGAGGCCAUCAAUGGACAAAGUAACUACUGCACUAGAACGCGCCCUUGCACAGCUAAUGGGUAGCCCCUGCUACGAGCAGCCGAUACUGCCAACUGAGGUGGUGCUGGGGAGCAGCCAGAUGCACAAGAAAUCGUCGCAGAGGUCAUUGAACCGGUCUGGCUCUGAGGCAGUUACCGAGGUGGUGGUAGCAGCAGCAGAAGGGGAGGAACAGAGGAUCGAGUUCAGAGCUCCAUCACGGAUAACAUUCCCCAGUGUGACUUCCUCUCAGCGAAGGAAGUCGUCGGUGUCUGAGGCGGAUGUCGAUGGCAAAGCUUCGGAAACAAGAAAUGCUGUAUGUGGUGCGGGUGGGAAUGCGUUGAGGAGUUUGGAGGAAGUGAUUGGUUCUGCUUCUCCUCAAGCGAAUUUGUACCUACAGCAUAAUUUCUGAUGGUGGAGUGUUGCAGAAUUUUCCUUUUGAACAGAAAGAGGCAUUCAUUCAUUAACUCAUUCAUCGACGAGUUGAGAAAACAAGAAAUAAGAUCAAAGAUCACAAAUCAACCCAGAAAGAGGGAAUUCAAAGCAGCGGAUCGAAAGAGACCAAGAUCUAUGGUCUAUUAGCUAAUUCUGCUUCUUUUUCAACGUCAAACAAGUCUCCUUUGGGCUCCCACACAUAUGCAUCUUCCUGGAACUGCACAGACAAGCCAAGGUGAGCCAUCAUCAGCCAUACAAAGGUGAUGAGCUCUCCUCCUUUGCUCAGUUGCUGGGCAUGGGCAGUCUUGUCACAGUUGAUUGCAGCAUACGACAGCAGCUCCACCCACACUUUCCCGACCACUUCCCAUUUCUCCGUCUCCAGUUUCUGGAGCUCUUUAGCCAACCUACUUGCUGUAAACAACACAACAUUCUCCUUGUUGCUAUUACUACCCUUUGAUGCUGCGGGAGCACGAAACUCUGGCUUUGCAUUCAGGAGUUUCUUGUUGCAUGAUGAGAAGAUACAACAAAUAGUCGGAUAAGGUCUUGCUGAACUCCUUGUAGUCGAGUUCUUUGUCUUGGCUCUCAUCACUAGCAUUGUUGUACAAGAGCUCCGUGGCUACGUGCCAUAACAGGAGGCUUUCGUCAUAAGGAAUGUUGACAACGGAAGGCAUUAGAUCAAUGCAGCCCUUGUCCAGGCCAUAUUUCUCCAUGACACCCUCCCCUCUGGUGGAACACGCCUUCCUCACGCUGUCCACAUCUUUGGUGGUGGCAUACUUGUUUGAUUUCUCCUUCAGCUCAAGGUAGAUGAAUUCCCAGAGGUCCUCCCUCAGGGGCUUGCUUGACUUGAACAGCCACUGGUCUUUCACCAGACCCUGAAGGCCAAAGCCAAUCUCAUACCGAUUGAGGCUGUAAGUCAUCAAGUUGAAACCGGACACAGAUGCACACCACUCCUUGGAGAUCACACGGCUCCCUUGUGGUAGUGUAUGUUGAUCCGGCCUUCUAAUAAGAUGGCCAUAGAAACCAGUCACCACAUGGUUUCUCCACCAAGCACUGAAAGCAGUAUCAGUAGCAGUACCAGUAGUGGGAUCAGAGAGACUUGACUUGAGGAUGGCCAGCGCCUCCAAAGCUACAGCACCGAACAGCAAGGUAUAUGUGACUGUAACAUCAAUGUCAUCGAAAUCGGAACUUGAGUUGAGAUAGAAGGAGAAGAGUGCCAGCAGUACUGCAGCCACAGCUAGAACACGAGCAAUUUUGCCCAAAGCUGAGCGCACAAUUAGCAGCUUGGUGUAGAGUACUUGGUAGGUGAAGCCGAGUUCCACCUCCAACACCCUUAAGGCGUCUCGUGCUGAUAUACCCUCGAAGAACUUGCGGCUGAAAUCUCGAAUGGGAAGUCCUAGAAUCAUGUCUGCCAACAGUGCCUGCUCGAUUUCCAACAGCCCACCAGCCCUUGUCAGUACAUCUAACUCACUCAACAGAGGCUGCUCUUGCUCUUCUUGGUGCUGCACUGUUCUGGCUGAUACUGGCUCUGGGUGGUCCAGUAUCUCUUGCCAUUUCUUGGCGUAUUUUUCGGUCUUGUCGUGGUCUGGCUGCAGGGCAACAUCUCUGUUCAUGUAGUCUCUGAACUUAUUCUUGCUGGCCAAGUACAUGGAGCAAGUCCUCUCCAAGUACUUGACAAACCCGGCAAGAAACAUGAGCGAAGUGGGGAACUUCAACCUGUUGCUGGGGAGUGAUAGGAAGAAGAAAUAGAGAGUAGUACCGGCCUGCAUGAAGAAAGUGAUCAAGUGCCUUAUCCACAGCUGGUUAUCCUCCAGAGCGAAAGCGGUGAUGGUAUCAGGGCCGCCCAGGUGCACCAAAAGGAAAGGAGCCCAAAACGAGAGGAGGUCUGAGGUAGGGGAAGAAGAAGAAUCACCAUUAUCGGAUUGGUUGACGUGGUGGGUCUUGGAAAUCAUCCCGAUGGCAAAGGUUGCGACAGUAUCGGCUAGCAAGUAAGCUAACCAGAUGAACAAGAUUGUUAUGCUGCUUGCCGUCCUUCUCCUGUAGGGAGAAGCCAGAAUCAGGAAAAUCUGGAGGCAGAGGCUGAAGAGAACCGCACCUCUAAUGUUCCAUUCUGACCAUAGAAUCUUGAGGAUGUCCACGAUUGAUCCCAACAUUUUGUUUCUAUCCUCUGCUUUCUCCACAGCACCCUCGCAAAGACCGGAGUGGAUCAAUCCCCACCUCUUCUACCUCUACAAACGUUUUUCCUGCUUCAUCUUUCUUCUUCCUGUGCAGUGAAGUCAACUCCACAAAAUAGACAGUCUUUCUUUACAUUUCCUCGUACCUGGAACGAUGAGUUAUGUUGCUGGAAUCACAGUGAUCAAUAUGGCGAAACAGGCAGCGGCGCGUUGACAUUUCCAAGUUGUGAAGGCAAUCUGAAGCUUAAAGGUCUGCCUGCCUGAUCACUAUUCACUAGUUUCACCAUCCAUCUCAUCUAUCAACCUGUGGGAACUGGGAUAUCUCUCUGGAAUCCAGCCACAGAAAGAAAAAAACAAAAAUGACCCAUCUGGCCAAACAAGUACUUUGCAGGAUGGAGGACCUACUCAAUAUGCCGACCCCGUUCCCAUGUACCUUCAAAGGCGAGCUCCGGGAACUCAAGUCCGCCGUCCUCAUCAUUCAAAGGGUUCUCCACGACGCCGAGGUGCGGCUGGUCUGCACCCAUCAGUUCAGGGACUUGGUGGAGAAGGUGGCGGUUGUGAUAUAUGAUGUCGAUGACUUCCUCGACGAAUUUUUCUCCGAGGCUCACGCCUCAGCGAUGAAAGACUGCGAGACGACUACUUGCUGGAGCGCGGCAUGUUUCUUGGUCAGCUCCUUCCCCGCGUUGUUGUAUGGCAUCAAAAUGGGCCGUGCUAUCAAGGGUAUCAGGGAGAAGUUGCGUUAUCUGGAGAGAGAUUGGCCCUUGUUCAUGUGGGAAGUUCUUCGCGAGAAACCACCACCGUCUGUUGCUCUUCCCUCGGGAGCGGUGGACGACGAGAUAGUUAUAAUCAGGAGACGAGUAGAAGAACAAGCAAUCACUGAUAAACUAAUGGAUGUCGUCGAUUGCGAAGAAGCUGCUGACAUUUCCGUUGUUAGCAUCGUUGGCAAGAGCUUACGGGGGAAGACCACUCUCGCUAAGCUCGUUUCUGAAGACGAGCAAGUGAAGAACCGGUUUGGGAGAUCAAUUUGGGUGAACGUUUCAGCCCGUCUCAACGCCAGAGAUAUUCUGACAAAGAUGUUGCAGUCCAUAACCGGCCAAGGCCAUGCUGGGCUUCGGUUAGCUGAUCUGGAAGUUCUGCUCCACGAAGAAAUAGGCGGUCGACCGUUCUUGCUCGUGUUAGAUGAUGUGUGGGGGGAGGGAGUCGAAACCUGGAAGAAGCUAGGACAGCAUUUGAUGGCAGCUGGUGGUGCAGGUGCUGCUGGCAGCAAAUUAUUGGUGACCACCCGGAGCAGCAAUGUGGCAGAGAUCGCAAGUCAAGCAAUGGCUGCGACACCAUACUUCUUGAAAGGCUUGACACCCCACGAGAGUGUUGAAUUUUUGAUGAGGAAGGCACUUCUUCUUCAUGGAGAACGCGCACAAACCGAGCAAGUUGAAGGAAUGGCGGAAGAGAUAGCCAAACUAUGCAGUUGGGUUCCUCUUGCCAUUCGGGAGAUGGCCACCUUAUUAAGUUUGAAAGAUCCAGAAAAAGAGUGGCCGUCGAUUAUACGAGCCCUCCAGAGCGACUAUAGGGAAGAAGAUGAUGGAAUGUCCGCAAUCCUCCAGUUAUGUUUCAAUUCUAUUCCUUCCCAUCUUAAGCUUUGCCUUUCUUGCUGCUCUUUGUUUCGAAGGGGUCAUGUAUUUGAUAUUCAGAGUUUGACUCAACUUUGGGAAGCACAAGGGUAUGUUAACCAGUCCGGAGAAGAAGGCCCCGGAGGUAUGCAGCAAGGUUUUCAGUGUUUCGAGAUGUUAAACAAGAGGUCAUUCUUCCACGAUGUAGAGAUGGAUGAGUUUGGGAAUUUGGCAACAUGCAGACUGUACAAUUGGGUGUAUGAUGUACUGUCACUGGGUGAGAAUGUCCGCCACUUGACAUUGCCCGGUAUUCGUCUGGGCGGCCGGGAGUCAAGUUCAAGUAGCACAUCCAGCAGAUGGGAAUUUUCCCUCUUUCCAUGCCUCAAGCCACGCUCACUUGAUGUUCACAGCUCAGGAAUUGAGCAAGUGCCAUAUUCCAUCCAGGACCUGACAAUCUUAAGGUACCUUGAUGUUUCUGGGAAUGAUGCCAUAAAAGAACUCCCAGAAUCUAUCAGCGAGCUCUGGCAUUUGCAAGUCCUCAAGCUUUCUGGCUGCACACGGCUGAAGCAGCUACCAAGCAAUAUCAGGAAGCUGGUUAACCUGAAGCAUCUGUACUCUGAAGGAUGUUGGAGCUUGACCCAUAUGCCUCGCGGGAUUGGGGAGUUAACUUCACUGCUCACCUUGACGUGUUUCGUGUUGCCAAAGCAGAGCUCCCCCUCAAAGCACAUGGCUGCCGGGCUGAGUGAGCUGGGUAGCCUCAAACACCUGAGGGGUCGACUAGAAAUCAGAAACCUCGGAGCUCAUAAUAGUGGUGGGACGGAGCUUGAGUGCCGUACAAGUUUCCUGAUAGAGAAGCAGGGGCUCCAGUCAUUGAGUUUAUGCUGGGACAUGGAUGAUGGAGCAAAUGCAGAUGUCAAGCAGCAACAUCAACAUACGUUAGAGUGUUGCCAGCCGCCCCCAGGACUCAAAGAGCUAGAGAUCUCAGAGUAUGGAGGAGAGAAAUUCCCCAGUUGGCUUUCUUCUCUCAAGGAUCUCAUCCGAAUAAAGAUACUCGACUGCCCAAGAUGUCGUUCUCUCCCACCCUUGGAGGAAUUCCCACUUCUCCAAUCAUGUACUAUUGAUAGCUUACCAAAGUUGGAGUACAUUGACAGCUGGUCCAAAAGGAAGCAUGAUUCCCCUUUGUUCCCAUCCUUGAAAGAACUCUAUCUAUCCAACUGUCCCGGGCUGAAGGGGUGGUGGGAGGAAGAUGUCGAUGUUACAUUUCCCACGUUCCAUUGCCUUUCUAGGUUGGAGAUUCGUGAUUGUCCGAAGCUUGAUCAGAUGCCACUGUUCCCCACCCUGGAAGAUAAGCUUCUGCUGGAGUAUUCCAGCUUAGCUCCUCUGCAGCAGACGAUCCAGCAUCAGGAAGAGACUUCAUCUUCAUUUUCGCCUCUCUCCAGAUUGAAGUCUAUGUGGAUUUUGUCAAUCGAAGAGCUUCAAGUCCUUCCAGAACAAUGGCUGCAGAAGUUGCCAUCUCUGCAAGAGCUGCUAAUCGAGUUUUGUCCAAAACUAUCGUUCCUGCCUCCAGGGAUGCGUCGGCUGACCUCUCUGCGAGUGUUGGAUGUCCACAGAUGUCCCCAGCUCACUCAAAGAUGUGGAAGCAACAAAGCAGUGGACUGGCCAAACAUAGCUCACAUCACAAACAUCAGGAUCGACAAGAAACUGAUUCAGCUGGGUGGAAGGUAUCAGUUGUCCGAAAAGGACUCAAUUGCAGCAAUAGCCAACUUCUCCUUUGUCCAUCCUCUCUCCAAAAUCACUAGUGUCACGGUAGAGAGCCUUGAGUCUCUACCAGCGGAAUGGGUACAGAAUCUCAGCACCCUGAAAGAGCUCAAGAUUGUCAACAGUCCAAGUAUUGACUCCUGGCCGCAAGAGCUGCGUAGUGUCACACAUUUGGAGAGGUUGCAGAUCAGUGGAUGCGCCAUGCUGGAGGAAAUGUGCAUCGAGGACAAGGAUUGCUCCGCCAUUGCCCAUGUUCCUUUUGUGCAAGCUGGUGACAGAGUCGUUCGACCACUACCUCGCUAGCUCUUGCUGCAGAUCACUCAGCCGUCUCUUGUUCGUGAUGGAUAUCUGCUGGUACAGGGAGCAUUGUCAUCCCCUAGUGAUAAGACAUCCUACAUGGUUGAUUAAUGGAAAAGCUUGGGAGGCAAGGAUUACAGUGAGACCAUCUGCAUCGCCUUUCAUCUCACCAUUUCAUUGGGGACGUGGCAAUUACAAAUGCUAUGUCAUGGUUGCAGCACUCAUUUCAAAUAGUGACAGCUUUCACUUGGGGUCGUUUGGAUGUGGAAAUGUAAUGCAGUAAUUGGACCCAAUUACCACAUAAUGCAGUAAUUGGGUUAAUGUCAUCAAACUCAGCGGUAAUCUAUGGAACGCCAGCUCACUUCCCAUUCACUGGUUUAACCGCUGGCAGUGGCUUUGUCUGCGGGCUGCUCAUAGAUUCCAAUCAACCUUACUGCUGGGGAACGAGUGGGUACAUUCAAAUGGGUGUCCCUCAACCUAUGAUAAAAGAUGCUGAGUAUGUAGAAAUCAGUGCAGGAGAUUACCAUUUGUGUGGUUUGAGGAAGCCAUUGACAGGCAGGCUUAGAAACAACUCCCUUGUAGAUUGCUGGGGCUACAACAUGACCAAGAACCACGAAUUCGACGGUCCAGUGCAGUCGAUUUUGGCUAGCUACGAGUUCAACUGUGGGCUGUUUGCUUUGAACAGGAUGGUUUUUUGCUGGGGUGAUGAGACCAGUAGUAGAUUGAUUAGCUUGAUCCCCAAGGAAAUGAGGUUUAGGGCAGUUUCUGCUCGUAGGUAUCAUGUUUGUGGGAUUUCGGAAGGUGUUGAUUCGACCCCGUUGUGCUGGGGGAAGAGCUUGGACUUGGAGGGAGAGAUGGCGAUGGAGAUGAUGGAAAUGGAGAAUUCUUCUGGCGAGGUGAAUGUGGAUUUGGCUCUAAAGGAGCCUAUGGUUUCAAUUGUUGGAGGAAAGUUCCAUGCUUGUGGUAUCAAGAGCUAUGACCGUGGAGUCAUCUGCUGGGGGUUUGUUGUUUAGAAGAGCACCCCACCUCCUAGUGGCAUUAAGGUUUACCAGAUUGCAGCUGGGAAUUACUUCACCUGUGGAAUCCUCGCCGAGAAAGACCUCUCAACAGUUUGCUGGGGGUUUGGAUUCCCUACUUCCCUCCCACUGGCUAUCCCUCCUGGAAUGUGCAACACUGCUUCAUGUGCUUCUGGAACCUACGAGCUCAAUUCUUCUGAUAAUAUCAAUAACGUGCCUUGCAAGGCUCUUCCUUCGGCUUCUCAUGUAUGCUUACCUUGUACCAAUGGCUGCCCUCCUGAGAUGUAUGAGAAAGCUCAGUGCACAUCGAAAUCGGAUCGACUAUGCGAGUACAACUGCUCAGCUUGCUACUCUACUGAAUGCUUGUCGAGCUAUUCUUCUGGGGAGAAGAAUAAGAAGGAGAAGAAGGAUGAGAGGGGUUGGUCGAUUCAGCUGCUUGUGAUUGUUUCAUUUGCUGUGUUCUUGGCGGUCAUUGUGUCCGCAACUGCUGUUCUGUACGUUAGGUACAGGUUGAGGAACUGCCAUUGCUCAUCAACUGCCACAACCUCUAACCCAAAGAAAACCCAACAAGGGAGAGGAGGAGCCUCCUCAUCAUCACUUAAAUGCCAAAAUCAGACCAGAAAUAAGAAGAGCACAGACCUUCACGUACGAGGAGCUCAACAAGGCAACAAACGGCUUCAAAGACGAAUCCUUCGUCGGCAAAGGCAGCUUCUCAUGUGUCUGCAAGGGAGUCUUGAGAAACGGCACCGUGGUAGCAGUGAAAAAGGCCAUUGUCUCUUCAGAACAGCAGAAGAACUCCAAGGAGUUCCACACGGAGCUCAACCUUCUGUCGAGGUUGAACCAUGCUCAUCUGUUGAAUAUGUUGGGAUAAUGCGAAGAAGAUGGCGAGAUGCUGCUUGUGUAUGAGUUCAUGGCUCAUGGCUCAUUGCACCAGCACCUCCAUGGGAAGAGCAAAGGGUUGAGAGAGCAGAUGGAUUGGGUUAGGAGGGUGACCAUUGCGGUUCAGGCAACGAGAGGGAUUGAGUACUGGCAUGGCUAUGCUUGCCCUCCUGUGAUCCACCGCGACAUUAAAUCGUCGAACAUUAUGAUUGACGAGGAGCAUAAUGCAAGGGUGGCUGAUUUCGGGCUCCCCCUGCUUGGACCAGUUGAUAGUGGUUCUCCCCUGGCUGAGUUGCCUGCAGGUACAUCAGAUACCUUGAUCCGGAGUACUAUAGGCUCCAUUACCUCACGACCAAGUCCGACGUCUACAGCUUUGGGGUUCUGCUGCUUGAGAUACUGAGUGGGAGAAAGGCCAUUGAUAUGCAGUUUGAGGAAGGCAACAUAGUGGAAUGGGCAGUGCCCUUGAUUAGAUCAGGAGACACCUCAUCUAUCCUAGACCCAAUUCUGAAGCCACCAUUCCGACCUGGAAGCACUGAAGAGGAUAGCGAACGUUGCUUGCAAGUGUGUGAGGAUGAGAGGCAAGGAGAGGCCAUCAAUGGACAAAGUAACUACUGCACUAGAACGCGCCCUUGCACAGCUAAUGGGUAGCCCCUGCUACGAGCAGCCGAUACUGCCAACUGAGGUGGUGCUGGGGAGCAGCCGGAUGCACAAGAAAUCGUCGCAGAGGUCAUUGAACCGGUCUGGCUCAGAGGCAGCUACCGAGGUGGUGGUAGCAGCAGCAGAAGGGGAGGAACAGAGGAUCGAGUUCAGAGCUCCAUCAUGGAUAACAUUCCCCAGUGUGACUUCCUCUCAGCGGAGGAAGUCGUCUGUGUCUGAGGCGGACGUCGAUGGGAAAGCUUUUGGAAACAAGAAAUGCUGUAUGUGGUGCGGGUGGGAAUGCGUUGAGGAGUUUGGAGGAAGAGAUUGGUCCUGCUUCUCCUCAAGCGAAUUUGUACCUACAGCAUAAUUUCUGAUGGUGGAGUGUUGCAGAUUUUUCCUUUUGAACAGAAAGAGGCAUUCAUUCAUUAACUCAUUCAUCGACGAGUUGAGAAAACAAGAAAUAAGAUCAAAGAUCACAAAUCAACCCAGAAAGAGGGAAUUCAAAGCAGCGGAUCGAAAGAGACCAAGAUCUAUGGUCUAUUAGCUAAUUCUGCUUCUUUUUCAACGUCAAACAAGUCUCCUUUGGGCUCCCACACAUAUGCAUCUUCCUGGAACUGCACAGACAAGCCAAGGUGAGCCAUCAUCAGCCAUACAAAGGUGAUGAGCUCUCCUCCUUUGCUCAGUUGCUGGGCAUGGGCAGUCUUGUCACAGUUGAUUGCAGCAUACGACAGCAGCUCCACCCACACUUUCCCGACCACUUCCCAUUUCUCCGUGCCCAGUUUCUGGAGCUCUUUCGCCAACCUGCUAGCUGUGAACAACACAACAUUCUCCUUGUUGCUGUCACUACCCUUUGAUGAUGCUGCGGGAGCACCAAACUCUGGCUUUGCAUUCAGGAGUUUCUUGUUGCAUGACGAGAAGAUACAACAAGUAGUCGGAUAAGGUCUUGCUGAACUCCUUGUACUCGGGUUCUCUGCCUUGGCUUUCAUCACUAGCAUUGUUGUACAAGAGCUCUGUGGCUACGUGCCAUAACAGGAGGCUCUCGUCGUAAGGAAUGUUGACAACGGAAGGCAUUAGAUCAAUGCAGCCCUUGUCCAGGCCAUAUUUCUCCAUGACACCUUCCCCUCUGACGGAACACGCCUUCCUCACGCUGUCCAGAUCUUUGGUGGUGACAUACUUGUUUGAUUUCUCCUUCAGCUCAAGGUAGAUGAAUUCCCAGAGGUCCUCCCUCAGCGGCUUGCUUGACUUGAACAGCCACUGGUCUUGCACCAGACGCGGAAGGUAAGACCCAAUCUCGUAGCGUCUGAGGCUAUAAGUCAUCAAGUUGAAACCAGAUACAGAGCCACACCACUCAUCCGAAAUCACAGGUCUUCCUUCUGGUGGUGUAGCCUCCUCGGGUCUUCCCGUAAGAUGGAGGAAAGGCUUGUAGAAAACGACCACCGCAAGCUUUCUCAACCAAGCCCAGAAGAAAGGCUCACAGCAACCUGCCACCACAUGUUUUCUCCACCAAGCCCUGAAAGUCGUAGCAGCACCAGUUGUGGGAUCAAAGAGACUUGACUUGAGGAUGGCCAGCGCCUCCAACGCUAAUGCACCGAACAGCAAGGUAUACGUGAUUGUAACAUCAAUGUCAUCGAAAUCUGAACCAUAGUUGAGAUGGAAGGAGGAGAGUGCCAGCAGGACCGCGGCUACAGCUAGAACACGAGCGAUCCUGCCCCAAGCUGAGCGUACAAUUUGAAACUUGGUGUAGAGGACACGGUAAGUGAAGCCGAGUUCCACCUCUAACACCCGUAGCGCGUCUCGUGCUGAUACACCCUCAAAGAGCUUGCGGCUGGAAUCUCGAAUGGGAAGUCCUAGAAUCAUGUCUGCCAACAGUGCCUGUUCGAUUUCCAACAGCCCGCCAGCCCUUUUCAGUACAUCCAACUCGCUCAACAGAGGCUCCUCCUGCUCUUCUUGCUGCCGCACUGUUCUUGCUGCUAUUACCUCUGGGUGGUCCACUAUCUUUUGCCAUUUCUUAGCAUAUUUUUCGGUCUGGUCAUGGUCCGGCUGUAGGCUGACAUCUCUGUUCAUGUCGUCUCUGAACUUGUUCUUGCUGGCCAAGUACAUGGAGCGUGUCCUCUCCAAGUACUUGACACAUCCAGAAAGAAACAUGAGCGAAGUGGGGAACUUGAGCCUGUUGUUGGGGAGUGAUAGGUAGAAGAAAUAGAGAAUGGUACCGGCCUGCAUGAAGAAUGUGGUUAAGUGCCUGCGCCACAGCUGAUUAUCCUCCAGAGAGAAAGCGGUGAUGGUAUCAGGACCGCCCAAGUGCACCAAAAGGAAAGGAGCCCAAAACGAGAGGAGCUCUGGGGAAGGAGAAGAAGAGGAAGCAUCACCGCUAUCAUCAGACUGAUUUCCGUGGUGGGUCUUGGAGAUGAGCCCGAUGGCGUAUAUUGCGACCAUAUCAGCCACCACAUAAGCUAACCAGAUGAAAAAGAUGAUAAUGCUGCAUCUUGUCCAUCUCCUGGAGGGAGAAGCCAGAAUCAGGGAAAUCUGGAGGCAGAGGCUGCCAAGAACCGCACUUCUGAUGUUCAAUUCUGAACAUAGAAUCUUGAUGAUGUCCACUAUUUCCGACAUGUUUUCCACUCUCUCCUCUCCACAGCUUCCUUGCAAGGCUAGAGUGGUUUAAUCCAAAAUCAAUCUACUUCUGCACAACUGUGAAAAGCGUUGACGCCGGAUCACGUGAAGCAACAUCGACGUGUCACCAAACUUCAACGGAGUAAUAGUAAACUAAUCAUCUUAGGCAUUACUAUCAUCCCCACUUGCAGGCAGCCGUUCACAUUUCCAAAUUGGUGAAGUCAAUCUGAAGCUUGCUAGCAAGUAAGCUAACCAGAUGAACAAGAUUGUUAUGCUGCUUGCCGUCCUUCUCCUGUAGGGAGAAGCCUGAAUCAGGAAAAUCUGGAGGCAGAGACUGAAUAGAACCGCACCUCUGAUGUUCCAUUCUGACCAUAGAAUCUUGAGGAUUUCCACGAUUGAUCCCAACAUUUUGUUUCUGUCAUCUACUUUCUCCACAGCACCCUUGCAAGACUGGAGUGGAUUCAAUCCCACCUCUGCCACAGUGCCACCUCUACAAACUUUUUUCUGCUGCUUCUUUCUUCUUCAUGUGCAGGGAAGUCAACUCCACUCGAUAGUCUUUCUUUACAUUUCCUCGGACCAGAGUUGACGCCAGAUCAUGUGAAGCAGCAUCGACGUAUCACCAAACUCCAAUGGAGUGAUAGUAAACUAAUCAUCUUAGGCAUCACUGUCAUCCCACUUGCAGAAAAAAUGGCGUCAAUUUUGGCCUACCAAGUACUUCGCAAGAUGAAUGACUUGGCCUAUGUGCAGAGCGGCUACCGACUGUCGGGAGCACAAGUCGACCUCUCGAAACUCAAGGCAGCGCUUGAUAUUUUUCACUACCCAUCUCAUCUAUCAACCUGGGGAGAUAUCUCUCUGGAAUCCAGCCACAGAAGAAGAAAAAAAAAUGACCCAUCUGGCCAAACAAAUACUUGGCAGGAUGGAGGACCUACAAAAUAUGCCGACCCCCUUCCCAUGUACCUUCAAAGGCGAGCUCUGGAGACUCAAGGACUCCGUCCUCGUCUUACAAGCGGUUCUCCCUGAUGCCGAACAGCAGCAGGUCUACUCCCAUCAGGUCAGAGACUGGCUGGAGAAGUUGUCGGAUACGAUGUAUGAAGUUGAACAUUUUCUGGACGAUUUAUCCGUCGAGGCUCACUUGUCAGCGAUAAAAGAUGGCGAGACGACUUUCUUGGUCAACUCCUUCCCCGGGGCGUUGCUGUAUGGCGUCAAAAUGGGUCGUGCUAUUAAGGCCAUCACGGAGAAGCUGGAUUUUCUAAGGAAAGAUGUGCAAAUGUUCCACUUGCAGGUUGCUGAUCGUCUCGAGCAACCACCGCCUGUUGCUCUUCUCUCGAGAGCUGUACUGGACGAAAUAGUUAUCGGGAGACAAGAAGAAGCAGCAGUAAUCACUGAUAAACUAAGGCGUUUCGAUUUUGAAGCUGCUGGCGUUUCCGUUUUCAGUAUUGUUGGCAAGGGCGGACUGGGGAAGACCACUCUCGCCAAGCUCAUUUCCGAGAACGAGGCGGUGAAGGAACAUUUUGGGAGACAAGUUUGGGUGAACGUUUCAACCAGGUUCAACGCCAAAGAAAUUCUGGCAAAGAUGUUGCAGUCCAUAACCCGUCAAAGCCAUGCUGGGCUUCGGUUAGCAGAUCUAGAAGUUGUGCUCCAAGAAAAAAUAGGCGGUGGGCGGUUCUUGCUCGUGUUGGACGAUGUUUGGGAGGAGGGAUUCGAGACCUGGAAGAAGCUAGGACAGCAUUUGAUGACAGUUGGUGGUGCAGCUGGCAGCAAAGUGUUGGUGACUACUCGGAGCAACAAGGUGGCAGAGAUGGCAAGUCGAGCAAUGAUGGAGCCGGGCACAAGCACAAGCAUGGUUGAGACGCCAUAUAUCUUGAGAACCUUACCGCUGGACGUGAGUUUUCAAUUUUUGAUGAAGAGCUCACUUCUUCUUCACGGAGAAGGCGCACAAACCGAGCAAGUUGAAGGGAUAGCAAAAGAGAUAGCCAUGAUAUGCGGUGGGGUUCCACUUGCCAUUCGGGAGAUGGCCUCCCUGUUAAGUUUGAAAGAUCGAAAAGAGUGGCCGUCGAUUGUACGAGGCCUCCAGAGAAACUAUAGGGAUGGAGUUGAUAGCAUGUCCGUAAUCCUCCAGUUAUGUUUCAAUUCUAUUCCUUCCCAUCUUAAGCUCUGCCUUUCUUGCUGCUCUUUGUUUCCAAGGGGUCAUGUGUUUGAUAUCCAGAGUUUGACUCAACUUUGGGAAGCACAAGGGUAUUUUGAAGAAGGCGGCUCGGGAAAUAGGCAAGGUUUGCAGUGUUUCGAGAUGUUAAACAGGAGGUCAUUCUUCCACGAUGUAGAGAUGGAUGAGUUUGGGAAUUUGGCGACAUGCAGAAUGUACAAUUGGGUGUAUGAUUUAGCUUCAAUGGGACACAAUGGCCGCCACUGGUCAUUGUCCCCUAAUUCAGAAUCUUCGUCGCGGUUCCCAACCAAUAUCCACCCAAGUUUACUGCGGAGUAUUCUUUUGGGCGGCCAGGAAUCGAGUUCAGCCAGCAGACGGGGAUGGUCCAUGUUAAAACCCCUCUUCCCAAGCCUCAAGUCCUUGAGCGCACUUGAUGCUCACAGCUCAGGAAUUGAGCAAGUCCCAUCUUCCAUCCGGUACCUGGCAAUUUUAAGGUACCUUGAUGUUUCUGGGAAUGAUGCCAUGGAACAACUCCCGGAAUCUAUCAGCGAGCUCUGGCAAUUGCAAGUGCUCAAGCUUUCUGGCUGCACACGGCUGAAGCAGCUACCAAGAAAUAUCAGGAAGCUGGUUAACCUGAAGCAUCUCUACUCUGAAGGAUGUUGGAGCUUGACCCAUAUGCCUCGCGGGAUUGGGGAGUUAACUUCACUGCUCACCUUGACGUGUUUCGUGUUGCCAAAGCAGAGCUCCCCCUCAAAGCACAUGGCUGCCGGGCUGAGUGAGCUGGGUAGCCUCAAACACCUGAGGGGUCGACUAGAAAUCAGGAACCUCGGAUCUCAUAAUAGUGGUGGGACGGAGCUUGAGUGCCGUACAAGUUUCCUGAUAGAGAAGCAGGGGCUCCAGUCAUUGAGUUUAUGCUGGGACAUGGAUGAUGGAGCAAGUGCAGAUGUCAAGCAGCAACAUGAACAGACGUUAGAGUGUUGCCAGCCGCCCCCAGGGCUCAAAGAGCUAGAGAUCUCAGAGUAUGGAGGAGAGAAGUUCCCGAGUUGGCUUUCUUCUCUCAAGGAUCUCAUCCGAAUAAAGAUACUCGACUGCCCAAGAUGUCGUUCUCUCCCACCCUUGGAGGAAUUCACACUUCUCCAAUCAUGUACUAUUGAUAGCUUACCAAAGUUGGAGUACAUUGACAGCUUGUCCAAAAGGAAGCAUGAUUCCCCUUUGUUCCCAUCCUUGAAAGAAGUCUAUCUAACCAACUGUCCCGGGCUCAAGGGGUGGUGGGAGGAAGGUGUCGAUGUUACAUUUCCCUCAUUCCAUUGCCUUUCUAGGUUGGAGAUUCGUGAUUGUCCGAAGCUUGAUCAGAUGCCACUGUUCCCCACCCUGGAAGAUAAGCUUCUGGUGGAGUAUUCCAGCUUAGCUCCUCUGCAGCAGACGAUCCAGCAUCAGGAAGAGGCUUCAUCUUCAUUUUCGCCUCUCUCCAGAUUGAAGUCUCUGUGGAUUUUGUCAAUCGAAGAGCUUCAAGUCCUUCCAGAACAAUGGCUGCAGAAGUUGCCAUCUCUGCAAGAGCUGCUAAUCGAGUUUUGUCCAAAACUAUCGUUCCUGCCUCCAGGGAUGCGUCGGCUGACCUCUCUGCGAGUGUUGGAUGUCCACAGAUGUCCCCAGCUCACUCAAAGAUGUGGAAGCAACAAAGCAGUGGACUGGCCAAACAUAGCUCACAUCACAAACAUCAGGAUCGACAAGAAACUGAUUCAGCUGGGUGGAAGGUAUCAGUUGUCCGAAAAGGACUCAAUUGCAGCAAUAGCCAACUUCUCCUUUGUCCAUCCUCUCUCCAAAAUCACUAGUGUCACAGUAGAGAGCCUUGAGUCUCUACCAGCGGAAUGGGUACAGAAUCUCAGCACCCUGAAAGAGCUCAAGAUUGUCAACAGUCCAAGUAUUGACUCCUGGCCGCAAGAGCUGCGUAGUGUCACACAUUUGGAGAGGUUGCAGAUCAGUGGAUGCGCCACGCUGGAGGAAAUGUGCAUCGAGGACAAGGAUUGCUCCGCCAUCGCCCAUGUUCCUUUUGUGCAAGCUGGUGACAGAGUCGUUCGACCACGACCUCGCUAGCUCUUGCUGCAGAUCACUCAGCCGUCUCUUGUUCGUGAUGGAUAUCUGCUGGUACAGGGAGCAUUGUCAUCCCCUAGUGAUAAGACAUCCUACAUGGUUGAUUAAUGGAAAGCUUGGGAGGCAAGGAUUACAGUGAGUGGCAAUAGGAUCUUGGAGGAAGAGACUGGUCCUACAUCUGUGUGCAUUUGUACUUGCUGCAUUAUUUCUGAUGUUAUUUUCGUUCUUUUCUUCCAUAGGAGUUUAUGAAGAUGAAAUUAGUUGAGAGAUGAAUCGGAGAAACUGGGGAAACAAUGGAGGAUGUUGAUGUAAAUUUCUGGCUGGUAGUAGAUCUCUAUGAAUAGUGAUGGGGUCUAACGUGGCGGAUUUUUUUAAUGUAGCGGUUUGAGUAUUAUUUUCUGGUUUCGGAUUAAAAUGAGGUGACUCAGCAUUUAUGUCAGUCACGUUGCAAAAAUUACGGAU